CUUCCACUGCCAGUUUGCCCCCACAACUAUCUGUUUGAAGUUCGUGAUACAGAAUAUUGCAUUGGGUGGCAGGUCAGUGGAAUGGACGCAUUGGAUGGGCAGGAAUUAACUCUGUUAGGAGGCGCAUACCCCCUUCACUUAGCUACUCGACAUCAUGCAGAUAUUAACACAUAUUGCCUUAUCAGACAAGCUUGCUGUAUAUGAUGUUGAAAAUCAGACGAUAGGAUGGGUGCAAUAUAACUGUUCAUCGAGCAUCAAAGUGAGGGACAAUGCGACCGGGAAUGCUUAUGAUGUUGUCGCCCACGACAUAUCUUUCGAUUCCACCAAUUUGAGAGCUGACAUUGUUUCUACCCUUAUGUUAGUAGCCGUUGUUCUCAGCCUGAUCGUGUGAGCACUCGAACGAGAAGCAUAUGGUCGUUUCGUAUAGUGAAUGGCUUGGCCAUGGAUCGGAUCUCCAUGUUGCAAGGUGAAAUGUAGUGUCUAAGAAUGGUGGAAAUGUGAGAAUAGUUUCUUUUACGUUAAUCCUCAAGAGAUUGCUGCUUUUAAAAGAUUUGAUUGAAAUGUGAGACUUAUUUCAUUUUGAUGGUAUAGAAAUUACCCAAGCAAUGUAAA